AUGGCCUCAAGCAACCCCUCAUACCUCAUUAUCGGUGCUGGUGUCUUCGGUGUAUCAACUGCCUAUCAUCUCAUUCAAAAGUAUCCUAAUGCAUCUGUGACACUAGUUGACCGAGAUGCAUACGAUGCCGAGUCUCGUGUGGCUGCUUCAUGGGAUUGGAACAAGGUUGUUCGCGCCGACUAUGACGACAUGGUCUACUGCAGAUUGGCUCUUGAAGCUCAGGAUAUUUUCAAGUCAGAUCCUCUUUGGCAGCCACAUUUCCAUCAGACCGGCGUAUACUGGGUGUGCCGGAGCGACUACGCGCAGAAUGUCAUUACCCACCAUAAAGAUCUCGGCCGCAACGAGGAUAUUAUUGCCCUCCCUGUCGCCGAGGCUCGAAGACUUUACGGCGGAAUUUUUGACAAUGCUGAUUACACAGGCGUUAAGGAGGUUCUCAUUAACAGGGCUAGUGGCUGGGCCGCCGCUGGAGAUGCCCUUCGAGCAGUUACGAAAAGGUGCCUUGAAUUGGGUGUCGAGUACGUGACGGCAGAUGUCUCCACUUUGGUGUUCGAUGGUCGCGGCUCUUGCAUUGGUCUCAAGACGAGAUCUGGCGAUGUCUUGUCUGCCACGCAUGUUGUUGUUGCUGCUGGCGCUUUCACUCCCACAUUGCUAGAAUGGAGCGCUGCGACAAGCGGCAACCCCGGUCUCCGAGCUGAGGAGCGAAUUUUGGCUGCCGGUAUUACUACAGGAAUGGCACAGCUCAAUGAGCAGCAGUACAAAAAGUUCAAAGAUAUGCCUGUUGGAUUCCAAGGAUACACACCCCAAGAGGGUAAGAUUUCUGAAUAG